AAAAUCCACCGAAUCUUCUCUCCAUUAAUAAAUUAUUCAGGACCUUCAAACCAACCAAUGACAGCAACCAACUACUGUACAGCAACUGAACCAGUAGUAGAGACUACUACGCCAAAAUUUGAUAUUAGUGUAGAUCAGUUGGGUACAAUAUACAGUGUCGGAUACUCUGAUCUUAAAAAAUAUUCACUACACAAUCACCUACCAACAACACUCAAGAAAAAAGUGGAAGCUGUUGGUAAGGUCUCAUGGUUGCUAAGAGACCCGUCCUGGUACGUACUCUAUCAUUUAAAGAACAAAAGUGGAAAGAGGUUUCUCUUCUAUGGUCCUGAUGAUUGUGGUAAAAGUGUUUGUUUAUUACAAAUAAUUCAUUAUUGUCUGGCCAAUGACUGGAUAGUACUGCAUGUACCCAGUGUAUUUAAGUGGACUCAUUCCAGUCGUGAGUUAAAGCCAUUACUACAAACUGAUGGACUGUAUGACUUACCUGAUGAUACAGUGGACUGGCUAUCUCAGUUUAAAGAAAUGAAUCAUCAACAUAUAUCUGAAUUAAAAUUGUCUCAAGAUUAUACCUGGAACAAUAAGGAGACUGUUAAAGCUGGUGAGAGUCUCCUUGACAUUAUUAAACUGGGUAUUGCUAAACCAAAGGUAUCCCAUAAUGUAUUCCAUACAAUAUUCAAUGAGAUAUCAGUAUUGAACAAACAGUCAGUAUUACUAGCUGUUGAUGAUAUUAAUGGCUGCUAUUGUCCAACCUCUUUUAAACAGGUUGAGCCAGAGCAUUUGUGUAUAGUAAAGACUUUAAGAGAAUUCUUACAACCAAAUAAAUUUAAAGGUGUUGUGGUUGGAUCAGUGUCCAGGAGGUUACUGAAGAACAUGAGGACUAAAGGUACUAGAUAUACUGGCAUGGUCUCAGGGAGGAAGGGUAGAUAUUUAUUGGAGAGUUUUGAUCCGGUUAAAGUGAUGCCAUUUUCUGCUGGUGAAUUUAAUACUUAUAUUAAUAAUCUUAAUAAAGAGAACUGGAUGAAUAAAGAAUUAAAUAAACUGAUGGAAGAUGAACUAUGGACACUGUCUGGAGGUGUACCUGGAGAACUGGAAAAAAUCUGUAGAUAUAUUUAAUUUGAAGUAUUAUUAUUGAAUUAUAAAA